AUGAUUUUCAAAAACAGAAGAACUCUCAUUAGCCAUAGAAAUAGCAUUCAUUUAAAUGUGACAUUUGUUUGUGAUUUUAAAGAUUGUAAUAAAAGUUUUCAUACAAAACAAUAUUUAAAUCGACAUAAAAAUGAUGUUCAUUUAAAUCGUGGUAAAGAACGACACUGUUUUUGGCCUAAGUGUCAAUAUAAAACAACAAUUAAAGGCAAUUUUAUUCAACACCAAUUACUUCAUUCAGAUAACAAACAAUAUAAAUGUGAUGUUAAAGAUUGUGAUAAAAGUUUUAACCAAAUACAAGGUUUAAUAUCACACAAAAAUUACAUUCAUUUGAAUAAAAAGAGACUUAAAAGCAAUGAAUUAAUUACUAAUGAAUAUAUUCACUGUUGUUAUCCUAAUUGUGAUUACAAGACAACAAAUAAACAUCAUUUAAAACAACACAAAAUAACUCAUUCAGAAAAACGUGAAUUUAAAUGUGAUUUUUGUGAUCAAAGUUAUAAACGAAACGAACAAUUAGUUCAUCACAAAAAUGUCAUUCAUUUAAAUAAUAAGAAAUUUAUUUGUGAUGUCAAUGAAUGCAACAAAAAAUUUGCCCGAAAAAGAGAUUUAGUUUUUCACAAAAGUUGUGUUCAUUUAAAUGAAAAGCCAUUCAAAUGUAAUGAAGGAAAUUGUGGCAAAAUGUUUGCUAAAGAAUGCAUACUAAAUGUACACAAACGCAUUCAUUCGGGUGAAAAACCAUUUGUUUGUGAUGUCAACGGAUGUAAUGCAAGCUUUAAAAGAGUUUCACAUUUAUCUCAACACAAAAGUAAUGUUCAUUUGAAUAAAAGGCUAAUUAAAUGUGAUUUUCCCGAUUGUAAGCAAACCUUUAAACAAACCAAUCAUUUGGUCGCUCAUAAAAAUCGCGUUCAUUUAAAACUUAGAUUUGUUUGCGAUUUCAAUGACUGUAACAAAAGUUUUGUAGACAAAUACAGGUUAUUUCAGCACAAAAACUUUGUUCAUUUAAACGAAAGUAAAUUUAAAUGCAAUGAAGAGAAUUGCGGCAAAAAUUUUAUUUCAAAUUCAGCCCUUAUUGUACACAAACGCAUACAUUCGGGAGAAAAACCAUUUGUUUGUGGUUUCAAAGAUUGUAAUAUGAGUUUUCAUAAAAUGUCAUAUUUAACAGACCAUAAAAGCACUCAUUUAACUGUUAAACAAUUUAAAUGUCAUUAUAAGGAUUGUGGCGGAAGUUAUGCCAGCAAUAGAUAUCUUCAAAGACAUGUUAGAUAUGUCCAUAAAAAAUAA